GAAUACCGCUAUGUACAAUGCACAGACCCAACAAAUAGGCGAUGACACAGAUCAUUCACAACGAAUAUGCACAGUGUACGGACUUGACACUAGACACGGCUCAGUACUCGCAGUCUUCAACCACGAGAGAUGUGUCUACUGUGAGGAGAGCCAGGGUGGGCAGGAAGCUCACGGGGCUAGCAUUGGUCCUGGACUGACCCAACCUCCUGUACACCAGUCUUCUGUAAGGUAGACAUAAUGGCAGCAGGAGCCACAGAAAGCAGAGAGGCCCGCAGUAGAGAAGGCAGCUCCUGCCUGUACUUCUUCUAUGACUGUGAGGGGUCUGGAGGCAGUGCUAUCAGGGACCAGAUGAUCGAGGUGGCAGCGGUGGUGAUGACAGAGAACCUAGGGCUGGAGCCAGGCGAUGCUGAAAGACUCGGAGCAGCUCACUACUCCUCCUUGUGUCGGUGCAGCUCCGAGAUCCAGGAGGGGGCGUGGCUGAAGCACGGAAUCGACAGGGAGUCACUCGCCCACGAGAGACCGGUGGGAGAGGUCCUGGAGGAGAUGUUUGAUUGGCUGGGAGAGAGAGCGAAGGAGGUGGAGAGACUGAAGCAGAGAUCGUACCAGACCGUACUGGUAGCACAUGGAGGAAUAGCCUUCGACUUCCCACUGCUAGUGACAGAGGUUAAGAGGAGUCACUGCGAGCCGAAGUUCAGAGACAUGAACUUGCAGUUUGCCGACACACACGUCCUGUGUCAGCAGUUGAAGACUGCCGGGGACCCAGUCCUACGAGGUAGCACAAAACUCUCAGUCUCAGAGCUACAGUCUGUCUAUUUCCCUACUGCGGAGGAAUCGCACCCAGACGGCCAACCGCACAGAGCUCUCAGCGACGCCGUGACACUCAGGAGAAUGUUUACACAGACGCCGCUCUCUGCCCAGAUGAGCCAGUUGGGGCUGGUAUCCACCGAGGACCUCGUCCAGCGCUGGCAGUUGUCUGACGACACUCACCAGUUGAGCGAGAGUCUGGGGCUGCACAAGCAGAAGGCCAGGUCACUGGUGAGGCAGGGGGAGAGCCUGAUAAGACUGGAGGAGCGGUUUCGUGGGAGUGGCUGCAGUGAGCAGUGGCUGAAAGAACACCUGCGCAGUCUGGGGGUGAAACGACCUGGGCAAACCUGUCUCCAGCACUUCAGAAAGAUUAUAUGAACACCCACGCUUAUCCAUGGGCACAGCAUAAUCACAGGCAACCAUAUCUAAAUCAUAUAGUCUUAUCAAUCUGUUGAUCCUCUACAAACUAGUGUGUACACCAACCAUUAAAAUUGCAGUGUAUCAUGUGUACGUACCUGUUCCAGCUUGCUGCGAGUGUCUCGUAGCUCCUUGUCGUGGAUGGUGUACUCGAGGGAGCGUCGCAUCUUGUCCAAGUUCUGGUAGGCCCUUAGCUCCUCCUUCUCCUCCUCCAGAGUGGCCAGUCGCUCCUCUAUGUAGCCCAGCAUCUCCUCGAUCUUCUCCCUCUUGGCCUC